GCACGCAAUGUUUGCAUGUUUGAUCACAAUAUAACUUUCUAGGUGCGAUAAAAUCAACAUGAUUCUUGUCAAACAACAGUAUAAAGCAAUUUAUUGUACAAGAAACAUUGUCGGUGUAUUAAGCGAAACAUUCUGCAACAGUGAUCACUGAAAAAAUAUUAAGAAGUAAGCGUGUCUACGUCAUGAUGUUAAGUAUUUCCCGGGCAAAAAGACAUGUAGUGAAUAGAAUCAUAGUAGAUCAAGUAGAAGUCGUGAAGAAGAUAGAUGAUAGAUCAUUUGAUCGCUCUAACAUCGAAUCGUAUGGCGAUCAAUCGACAGAAAGUACAAAACAAAUUGCCCGUCAUUUUCUGCUAGAAUAUCUGUAUGACAGUUCUCUGCACGGCAUGAAAUACUUUGGCAACUUACGUGGAAUAAAAUCCACUACCCUCGGGAAGGUCUUCUGGACUUUAAUCAUGAUCUGCAGUUUUGCGUUUUUAAGUUGGAUGUUUUGGAAAACCUGGAUACGUUACAGUACUAAUCCAACUCGCACUGUUAUUCAAUCGUUUUACACCCCAAUAGCUGUGGUCCCCUUUCCAGCUAUUACUGUUUGUCCAUUAGUAUAUCCGCUACGUGCAAGACGUGAAGAAAUAUUGCAAAGUUUGCAGUUGCCACCCAACAUGGAUAACAAAACGGCGAUGUUCCUACUCAAACAUGGGCCCUCAUUUGCGAACGAACAUGUUACCAGUGGUAGGAAAUACUUGAAAGACUUGCAAGUACUGUUAAAAAUAAACCAUAUAACAUUAUUAAAUUUCUUAAAACUUUUGCGACCUUGCGAAGACUUAUUUGAGUACUGUUCGUGGGAUGACGAUGCAAAGAAUUGUAGCGAAUUGUUUAAAUUAUCUUACACUCAUUCAGGUAUAUGUUGUUCCUUUAAUUAUCUUCUCGAAGAUGAUAUACAAACCGGCAGAGCCACGAAGGAAUCUGAUCUUCUCAGAUCUGUGUUGUUUGGACCAAAAGUCGGUCUUAUUGCUGUCGUAAAACGAAAUUUGCUAGUUAAUAGCGAUGGCAUGGGAGACAAACCUAUCGAAUUUGCAACAAAUUCCAUCGGUCUUUUGGUAUUUACUCAUCACCCUCUGGAAUUUGUCGGACCCAUAGCUACUAGACAAGUUUUACAAGCAAAUCAAGAAUUGCGGAUCGCCGUAAUUCCAAUUAGCAAGCAAAAGCUCACCGGAUAUUACUAUCGAAAUAAACGCAGUGAAUUGGUUCCGCGUUGCGCAGACGAAAAAACUAAGUUGAAAUAUUUUCCUACAUAUCGAUAUUCAAACUGUUUUACUAGCUGUUCUAUCGAGGCUGUUCUACAAGCCUGUGAUUGCUUGCCAUAUUAUUACGCACCCAUAGCGAAUAAAUAUUCUUUAAGAAUCUGCGAGUGGCAAGAUUUCGAAUGCCUUAACGCGAACUAUAUACGGAUCAUUCAUAAUACCAUCAAAAAAAAUUUUACGUGUGAAUGUCGAAAUCCAUGCUUGAAUGUGUAUUACAAAACACGGACUUCCUCACUUUUACUAAAUGGUGUUCAUGAUUUCAAUAUUCUGCCGAUAUACUCGAAUCUUACAAAGACGCAAACUGUUCUAAGAGUACAUUUUAGUACUGACAUAUUUAUGCAAAUGAAUACAAUACCGAUUGCCGAUGAAUUAUAUUUAUUAGGAAACAAUUGUUUCUAUUGGCAUAUAAUAAAUUGUUUUAAAGUCUUAAUUAAAAUUUUUUUUUCAGCAUCCGUGGGUGGCAUAUUUAGUCUUUGCUUGGGAGCCAGUUUUAUAAGCGCCGUGGAAAUUUUUUAUUUUAUUGAAUUAUUUUUUCGUUCUUACUAUAAGGAAAAAAAAUCGAAAUAAUCAUCACCGACCAGAA